UAGCUGCGCUCCAUCCUUCCUCCUCCACUGACUCAGGCGCCAAACUGUUGUGCACGACUCACUGUCAGACUGUAGUGACCUCAGUGCACUGCUGUGAAGGAGAUUUACCUAUUUUAUUAAGUUCCGUGUGUUUUUGGCUCGUCAUUUUGUCACAUUGUCCAGUGGAAUAGAAAUAGUGUCGGUGUGCGUCAAGAGGUGAUGAACGGAUAGCCUUUGAUUACUUCUGGAGUGAACUUGUAUUGCGUGUUCAUGCGGGGACAGUCCAUAUCUAUUUUCGGACGAUGGCAAAGGCAUUCUCCGUCAUGACUUUACAUCUCGUAGGCAUUAUUAUGGGAGUCAGCAGUGUGAUUGGUAAGAUGAAACAGAAAGAAUAUUGGUCAAAUUGAUUCAGUUUAAUAUGUCCUGAAAAAAUCUAACGGCUACCUUAAUGUGUUUCAAUUGUGGUUUAUUAUAAGUUUACUAACACUAACAACUGUAUUUAGAUGUUUAUUAGAAUGACUUAAAAUCAUUUUAAUGAUUUUUUGUUAGGUAUAAAAGUCUAAAAUCUCAAAUGUUCUAUCUCACUAGGGCAGUAGACAAUAUAAUAGAACAUAGUUGAAUGAUUGAUCAUCAAUUAGUAGAAGUUGUGUAAUAAUUGGUAACAUCCACCAGUGCACAUGCCAGGUAUAAAAUGUGAUGCAUUAGAUCAUUGCAAUGUGUUCUCUUGUGAUUCUCUUGUACAAUUCCUCUUGGCCCCACAUUCUGUUGUGGCUCUCAUUCCCCCUGGCCCUUGGACCUCAAUCCGUUUAAUAAUCCAUUCUGAUUGGAAAUCACUUCUCUUGAGGCAGUUUAGCAAAUUAAGUAAGGGCUAAAUAUUCCACAUUUCACCAUGUAGCAUACAUGUCCAGGCCCUCACUGGCUGGAGGGCUGUAUCCUCUAGAACAGGAACCCCACCUUAGGUGACAUAGAGCUGGCCUAUUGAGCCUGACCCAGCCCAUCUGCCUCGGCUUCCUGUUUUGACACAGCUCCACUUCGCAAUUUGCUGCAGAAUAGCCCCAGAGUUAAUAGAGUCCAUGCCAUGGGUGCAAAACAUUUCUCCUGUCUGUGGUUUCCACUGUUGGGAUGAUUCAAUAAACUGUAUUUUAUAAUUGACUUAUGGACAUAUUAUUUUGUGUUCUGGCUAUCAACAUUCUAGUUGCAGAGAAUAAACUAUUAUGUUUGAGGAAUCUGGCAUCACCCUACCAGAGUGCAACACUAUACAUGGAUUCUGGGAUUUGAUAGGAGAGCAAUAACCAUAGUUGGAACCAUUGACCAUCUGAUUUCAUGUUCAGCCGUCACUCCCACUCAACACAUUUCUAUACACAUGAUUUAAGGUUGAUUUGACAUGACAGUAAGCAGUCGCAUAUUGAUCUCCACUGUGUGGUAAUGCUGACUGAACUGUUGAGAUAAGCCAAUCAUCAGGGUGAUUGACUGGCUGUUUCCCCUCUAUUCCUACAGCGUUAGAACUCCGGUUCAUGCCUGAACCCCCAACACUGAGCAUCCAGGACAAGGUCCUCAGGAUCAACACAUCAGACUCGUUGGACAUCACCUGCAGGUAAGACAUACUGGAACCUGAUUGGCCUCUCUCCCACAGAAGCCUCCAUACAAGUCAUCCAUCCAUCCAAAUGUUCCCCUACUAACGAUCAUCAUUGUCACUCCGUUCUUUGGUUCUACAGUGGCCGUCAGUACCUGGAAUGGACCACAUCCUAUAAUCGCAUCCGUGCCGGCAGUCGUCUCUCCACUGUAGACUGCAGUGGGUCAGGAUUCUUCUGCACCACAUUACACAUUUCCUCGGCCACUGUCAAUGAGACUGGAGAGUAUCGGUGCUCCUAUAGAGACCUGGCUGUGAAGGAUAGCAAAACCUCUGUGGCCGUUUAUGUCCAUGUGCAAGGUGUGCAUCAUCAUUACCUCACUCUACCUGAUCUGUUACAGUGCCUUCGGAAAAUAUUCAGACCUUUUCCACAUUUUGUUAUGUUACAGCAUUAUUCUAAAAUUGAUUAAAUUGUUUUUUUCCAUCAUCAAUCUACACACAAUACCCCAUAAUGACAAAGCAAAAACAGGUUUUUAGAAAUGUAUGCUAAUUUAUUACAAUGGGAAUAUCACAUUUACAUAAGUAUUCAGACCCUUUACUCAGUACUUUGUUGAAGCACCUUUGGCAGCGAUUACAGUAUUGAGUCUUCUUGGGAAUGACGCUACAAGCUUGGCACAUCUGUAUUUGGGGAGUUUCUCCCAUUCUUCUCUGCAGAUCCUGCAGAUCCUCUCAAGCUCUGUCAGGUUGGAUGGUGAUUGUCGCUGCACAGCUAUUUUCAGGUCUCUCCAGAGAUGUUCGAUCAGGUUCAAGUCCGGGCUCUGGCUGGGCCACUCAAGGACAUUCAGAGACUUGUCCCGAAGCCACUCCUGCGUUUUCUUGGCUGUGUGCUUAGGGUCGUUGUCCAGUUGGAAGGUGAACCUUCGCCCCAUUCUGAGUUCCUGAGCGCUCUGGAGCAGGUUUUCAUCAAGGAUCUCUCUGUACUUUGCUCUGUUCAUCUUUCCCUCGAUCCUGACUAGUCUCCCAGUCCCUGCCGCUGAAAAACAUCCCCACAGCAUGAUGUUGCCACCACCAUGCUUCACCGUAGGUUUCUUCCAGACUUGGCACUUGUCAUUCAGGCCAAAUACUUUAAUCUUGGUUUCAUCAGACCAGAUAAUCUUGUUUACCAUGGUCUGAGAGUCUUUAGGCGCCUUUUGGCAAACUCCAAGCAGGCUGUCAUGUGCCUUUUACCGUCUGGCCACUCUACCAUAAAGGCCUGAUUGGUGGAGUGCUGCAGAGAUGGUUGUCCUUCUGGAAGGUUCUCCCAUCUCCACAGAGAAGCUCUAGAGCUCUGUCAGAGUGACCAUAUGGUUCUUGGUCACCUCCCUGACCAAGGCCCUUCUCCCCUGAUUGCUCAGUUUGGCAGGGCGGCCAGCUCUAGGAAGAGUCUUGGUGGUUCCAAACUUCUUCCAUUUAAGAAUGAUGGAGGCCGCUGUGUUCUUGGGGACCUUCAAUGCUGCAGACAUUUUUUGGUACCCUUCCCCAGAUCUGUGCCUCGACACAAUCCUGUCUCGGAGCUCUACGGACAAUUCCUUCGACCUCAUGGUUUGGUUUUUGCUCUGAGAUGCACUGUCAACUGUGGGACCUUAUAUAGACACGUGUGUGCCUUACCAAUCAUGUCCUGUCAAUUUGAUUUACCACAGGUGGACUCCAAGUUGUAGAAACAUCUCAAGGAUGAUCAAUGGAAACAGGAUGCACCUGAGCUCAAUUUCGAGUCUCAUAGCAAAGGGUCUGAAUACUUAUGUAAAUAAGGUAUUUCUGUUUUUAAUAUAUCAUACAUUUGCAAACAUUUCUAAAAACCUGUUUUCGCGUUUUCAUUAUGGGGUAUUGUGUGUAGAUUGCUGAGGACAUUUAAAAAAAGAAUCAAUUUUAUAAUAAGGCUGUAACGUAACAAAACGUGGAAAAAGUCAAGGGGUCUGAAUACUUUCCGAAGGCACUGUAUAUGUACAGUAUGAAUUACAUACUGUAUGUUGUUGGCUCUUAUUAUGUCUUAAAACAUCUUUAUGUAUUUGUGUUUUAUUUCAGACUUUAAAGUGCCAUUUGUGCCCUCUGACAAGGACUAUGAGGUUGUGUUUAUCAGUGAGGGAGUGCAGGUCAUCAUCCCAUGCCGAGGGUCUGUGGAAGAUCUCAACGUCACGCUACAUACCGUAAGGACAGAUCCACUGACUUUAUUGUCCUUUUGGGGGGACAUUUAAGGCAUACUUGUUAUAUUUAAAAGACAUUAAAACACAGAACAGUAUUACAGUAUGGGAUACAUGCAAUAGAUUCUGUUCAGAAUGGAGUAAAAUUUCCUGAAGUUAUUCUAUUGUGUCUUAUUUUGUCUAAAGUUGACAACUAAGCCUUCUUCACUUCCAACCCACCUUUCCUCUAGUCUAUCUGCAUAAUGUAGCAAACAAAGCCAGUUGGUAAAGGCCUUGCUCUCUCAGGUAUGUUUUGUUAGACUGCAGGCUAUGUGAGUGGCAGAUAAUGUCAUCGCGGAUUCUGAAUAGAGUCUGUUGCAUUGUUUCCAUGUCAGAUCAGGGGAACAAUAAACUGAGUUUCCAUUUCCUGUCUGGGUUGUCCCCACCUCUUCUCCUGGACAGAUCAGUCAAUAUCUGAUCUCUGGGACCUCAUAUAUGGCCUGUAAGGUUCAUUGGACAUUUCACUGAAAAUGAGGGUUGGAAAAACCACAACACCCUCUGACCUAGCGAGUGCUGACCAAGUGGUAAAACAUCACUCAUAAUUUCCAUGUGAGGGUUGGUCGGUCAGCACCACUACAUAGAGUCAACCAACAUAGAACCUGCUUUACUACAUUUUGUAAAAUCGAUGAAUUUGUGAUAUCUGUAAUUUUGUAUACAGUGGGGAAAAAAAGUAUUUAGUCAGCCACCAAUUGUGCAAGUUCUCCCACUUAAAAAGAUGAGAGAGGCCUGUAAUUUUCAUCAUAGGUACACGUCAACUAUGACAGAGAAAUUGAGAAAAGAAAAUCCAGAAAAUCACAUUGUAGGAUUUUUAAUGAAUUUAUUUGCAAAUUAUGGUGGAAAAUAAGUAUUUGGUCACCAACAAACAAGCAAGAUUUCUGGCUCUCAAAGACCUGUAACUUCUUCUUUAAGAGGCUCCUCUGUCCUCCACUCGUUCCCUGUAUUAAUGGCACCUGUUUGAACUUGUUAUCAGUAUAAAAGACACCUGUCCACAACCUCAAACAGUCACACUCCAAACUCCACUAUGGCCAAGACCAAAGAGCUGUCAAAGGACACCAGAAACAAAAUUGUAGACCUGCACCAGGCUGGGAAGACUGAAUCUGCAAUAGGUAAGCAGCUUGGUUUGAAUAAAUCAACUGUGGGAGCAAUUAUUAGGAAAUGGAAGACAUACAAGACCACUGAUAAUCUCCCUCGAUCUGGGGCUCCACGCAAGAUCUCACCCCGUGGGGUCAAAAUGAUCACAAGAACAGUGAGCAAAUAUCCCAGAACCACACGGGGGGACUUAGUGAAUGACCUGCAGAGAGCUGGUACCAAAGUAAUAAAGCCUACCAUCAGUAACACACUACGCCGCCAGGGACUCAAAUCCUGCAGUGCCGACGUGUCCCCCUGCUUAAGCCAGUACAUGUCCAGGCCCGUCUGAAGUUUGCUAGAGUGCAUUUGGAUGAUCCAGAAGAGGAUUGGGAGAAUGUCAUAUGGUCAGAUGAAACCAAAAUAUAACUUUUUGGUAAAAACUCAACUCGUCGUGUUUGGAGGACAAAGAAUGCUGAGUUGCAUCCAAAGAACACCAUACCUACUGUGAAGCAUGGGGGUGGAAACAUCAUGCUUUGGGGCUGUUUUUCUGCAAAGGGACCAGGACGACUGAUCCGUGUAAAGGAAAGAAUGAAUGGGGCCAUGUAUCGUGAGAUUUUUAGUGAAAACCUCCUUCCAUCAGCAAGGGCAUUGAAGAUGAAACGUGGCUGGGUCUUUCAGCAUGACAAUGAUCCCAAACACACCGCCCGGGCAACGAAGGAGUGGCUUCGUAAGAAGCAUUUCAAGGUCCUGGAGUGGCCUAGCCAGUCUCCAGAUCUCAACCCCAUAGAAAAUCUUUGGAGGGAGUUGAAAGUCCGUGUUGCCCAGCGACAGCCCCAAAACAUCACUGCUCUAGAGGAGAUCUGCAUGGAGGAAUGGGCCAAAAUACCAUUAACAGUGUGUGAAAACCUUGUGAAGACUUACAGAAAACGUUUGACCUGUGUCAUUGCCAACAAAUGGGAUAUAACAAAGUAUUAAGAAACUUUUGUUAUUGACCAAAUACUUAUUUUCCACCAUAAUUUGCAAAUAAAUUCAUUAAUAAUCCUACAAUGGGAUUUUCUGGAUUUUUGUUUCUCAUUUUGUCUGUCAUAGUUGACGUGUACCUAUGAUGAAAAUUACAGGCCUCUCUCAUCUUUUUAAGUGGGAGAACUUGCACAAUUGGUGGCUGACUAAAUACUUUUUUCCCCCACUGUAUAUCUAUUAUUAUUUUUUGUGACCUUUUCAUCAGAAGUUUCCCAAGAAAGAACUCUAUCCGAACGGGAAGGAUAUUUUUUGGGAUAGCAUGAAGGGUUUCUCAGUUCCCAGUCACCUGAUCAGCUAUGCUGGAGUGGUCUUUUGUCAGACACACAUACACAACGAGACCUACAAAUCACCUCUCUACAUUGUUGCUGUUGUUGGUAAGUGGGUUAGGUUUUAGUUUAGUGUAUGAAUCCUGUUUGAUCCCCUCUAUGCAUCACUUAACUUGCCAAGGUCUCAUUCAAAGUGUCAAUGUAAGUUUGUGUUUAUUUGUGUUUACAUAACUUAAUGCAUGUGUGUGUUUAUCUAAGUGUAUUGUCUGCAUGCAUGUACCCUGUGUGUGUUUGUGAGUCUCAGGUGAACAAUAGUCUGCUCACCGCUCCGCUGUGUCUCCCCUCCCUUCUUCGCAGGAUAUAAGAUCCAUAACCUCACCCUGACGCCGGCACAUGAGAGGCUGUCUGUGGGGGAGAGACUGGUGCUCAACUGCACUGCCAACACAGAGCUCAACGUUGCCAUUGACUUCACCUGGACACACCCUCUCAGCCUGGUCAGUAUCCUGCAUUGCCCACCCUUAUAGACCGACUGUGAUCACUAAAUUAACAUGAAAUCACUGACUUAGGCUUUAUUGACAGACAUGUUACUCAUCACACUGCUUUCAGGAACUUUUUUUAAAAACACAACUUCAGUUCAAGGCUGCCCUUAUAUAAUUCAUGGUAUCAUCUUCUCAUGUACACUUAGGGGAGACUGGGGUAGGUUGCGACAAAUGGGUUAAGUUGAGCCACCCUUGUUUUUAGGAAACUGUCACGAUCGUCGAACACAGAGGACCAAGGCGCAGCGUGGAAUACGAACAUACUUUUAUUUUUAAUGAUCGCACGAAACAAAACAACAAACGAUACGAAAUGUGAAGUCCUUGGUUACAAUACAAACCAUACGGAACAAGAUCCCACAAACACUGUGGCAAAACAGGCUACCUAAGUAUGGUUCCCAAUCAGAGACAACAAGCAACAGCUGAUUCACGUUGCCUCUGAUUGAGAACCACACCGGCCAACAUAGAAACAAAUGAACUAGAUAAACUCCCUAGCACACAAAACACAUAGAAACCACACACCCUGGCUCAACAUAACAGAGUCCCAGAGCCAGGGCGUGACAGUACCCCCCCCCCAAAGGCGCGGACUGCGACGGCGCCAAACAUAAACCGAACAGGGGAGGGCCGGGUGGGCAUUCCUCCUCGGAGGCGGUUCCGGCUCCGGGCUUGACCCCCACCCUCCAACAAACCCCCAAAAGCGCCCCUGGUCCGAUCUGGCCCUGCUGGCCGGAGCUGGACUGAACACUGGUGGAGUGGAUUGCUCUAGCUCCGGAGUGGAGCAGCUGACCGGUGCCAGACCAGGCACCGGUGGAACAGGCACGGGCUGUGCCGGACUGACGACGCGCACCACAGGCUUGGUGCGGGGAGCAGGGACGGGCCGGACCGGGCUGACGACGCGCACCAUUGGCUUGGUGCGGGGAGCAGGGACGGGCCGAACCGGGCUGACGAAGCGCACCACUGGCUUGGUGCGGGGAGCAGGAACAGGCCGGACCGGGCUGACGACGCGCACCAUUGGCUUGGUGCGGGGAGCAGGGACGGGCCGAACCGGGCUGACGAAGCGCACCACUGGCUUGGUGCGGGGAGCAGGAACAGGCCGGACCGGGCUGACGACGCGCACCACAGGCUUGGUGCGGGGAGCAGGGACGGGCCGAACCAGGCUGACGAAGCGCACCACUGGCUUGGUGCGGGGAGCAGGAACAGGCCGGACCGGGCUGACGACGCGCACCACAGGCUUGGUGCGAGGGACAGGAACAAGCCGGACCGUACUGGGGACACACACCACUGGCCCUACGCGGGGAUCAGGAAUGGGCCGGACCGGACUGGCAACACACCCAAGUACCUCUCGCCGUGCCUCUACAUUCUCCUUCCCCCUGGUGACCAGUGACUCCCGUAACCUGGCGGCCUCCUUUGCCAACCCGCUGAACCACUCUAUCCCGGCCUCCUGCUGCCCCGUCGUCCACGGCGUGAGCCCCUCCCUAAAAAAUUUCUGGGCGUCUCUCCUCCCCGUGGGCCAGGCCUCCAUGGCUCUCGCCAGACUCUCGCUCCUCUGCUCCCAAGUCCAGCCUCUCUCCUCCUCCCGCGGCUUGACCCAGUCAAGGUUGAUGUCCUUUAGAGCCCUCUCUGGCGUUGGCUCCUGGACACGCUGCUUGGUCCGGUUAUGGUGGGAUCUUCUGUCACGAUCGUCGAACACAGAGGACCAGGGGCGCUAUGGGGGGUUUGUUGGAGGGUGGGAUCUUGUUCCGUAUGGUUUGUAUUGUAACCAAGGACUUCACGUUUCGUAUCGUUAAAAAUAAAAGUAUGUUCGCAUUCCACGCUGCGCCUUGGUCCUCUGUGUUCGACGAUCGUGACAGAAACAAACACAAAAUUAAUCAUUUGAUCAAAUAUUUAGGAAGAGGUCAUCAUUUCAUGGAGUCUGUGAAGGAAGAAACCACAUGGAAAAAGUGGUAAGCAAGUUAGAUAAAAGACAAAUACAUUUAUUGUAUUAGAGGUUUCAUGAUGCUUGUAUCUAAACCAAAGUAGAUAAUUGUAAGAUUGUUCUAUACAACAGUUGGGGUCUCUAUAAGCUUCAAUAUGAGGUCCUAAACCUAGCAUGAAAGUGCAUCCUUGUAGCUGUGUGGGCUAAUAUAGUCUAAAUGUUUGCCUUGGGGUAAGUUGAGCCAAUGGUUGAGCCAAUGGCAAGUUGAGCAAAUUGAGGUGUUUUCUUCCCAGAAGUAAUGCAAGGCAUUAGUGCUGGGAUAUGAGGUAACAACAGGGCUUGGCCUAUGUUAAAAGUGUUUUAAAAAGUACAAAGUAUUUGUUUGGUGUUACGCCUGUGUUAAAAUAUGUUAAAAAUGAUUAAAAGACAAAAAAGCGAUUGUGAUUGUGAAAUGUGUAGGCAGCUUAACUUACCCUGUCUCGCGGCUUAAUUUACCCCAUACCCGGACAAGCUAUAUUUUCAAAACUGUAAUGUUUACAUGAAUUCAUACUAUUUCCAGGGAUACACAACAUCCUGAAAUAUAUAUAGAUAUCUUUGUUAGAAAGAAUACUAUAUUUCCCUUGACAGAGUGAUGCUGAAUGUAGAAAAUUGCUCAACUUACCCACUCUCCCCUAUACCAGUCUUUAGGUUGAUUUAUGGAGCUCUUAUCCCCUCGCUCUCCCUUCUGCCCCUCUUGCAGGCCCCAGUGAAUGGCUCUGUGCGGGCCUACACCACGUCACACAAGAAGAAGCUGUGGAACCAUCUAGAGCUUUCCAAUAAACUAAUAGUGGAGAAUGUGACUGUCAACUACACAGGAGAAUACAAAUGCACAGCCUCCAGUGGACAAAUGGUCAAAAGUGCAUCUACAUCUCUCAUGGUCUAUGGUAGGUACACCAGGUUCUUAGUGAUUUAAGCCUCGUCAGUUGUCCAAGGUACAUAGUCCGGAGGUUUUGCAGAGAGUUUGCGGAUAUCCUCUUGUUGGUUUAGAUUGAAUAUUUCCCCUGCUCAGUUUUUUUGGCACAAUAAUCCAUUAUGUUAUUUUGUGACAUUGAAUUGUUCUGAUGACGUUUGUGUUGUUUUUGUUGUCAUUAGAAAAGCCUUUUAUUGUUUUCGAUGACCACAAGUGGGUUAAGGUUCUGGGGGUGAACGUUAGCCAGACCACUAAGAUACCAGUCAAGUUCGACGCCUACCCAGAACCUACAGUCAGAUGGUAUGUUGAUCAUGUACAGUAAUUAUAUAUAUACUUGCAGUAGUUUGUAUUGUAUUCUAAGUAAUUUAAAUGUAACCUGUCCUUAAUUCUGCAGGUACAAGAAUGGCCAGCUUAUCAGUAAGGAUGACUAUCGAUUUAAACCUGCCAGGGACUCUCUCACAAUCCUUGAAAUUACUGAGAACGAUGCUGGGAAUUACACCGUGGUCUUGACCAAUAAGAUAAGAAAAGAAGAGAAGAGUCGCUCUGUCCAGGUCUUGGUCAAUGGUAUGUACCUCCUCUCUACCAUUCCUCUCUCACUACUCUCUCCAGUUUUCUCUUCCUCUCCCCUCUCUCUCUUCCCUCCCCUUUGUCCUAUAAUUUCCCCCUCUCUUUCUCCUUUAUACUGUACCUCUGUCUUAGACUUAAAUUGUGAUGUGACCAUUGCCUCGUUCAUACUGCUCUUAGCCCAGGGCCAUGUGGAGUUUGCACCUGUCAAGUCUUGGUUCAUGUCUCCUCAGUCCGUCCCCAUAUCAUUGAGAAGGGGGUUGCCAUGGACAUGGAUGUCCACAUGUAUGGCAGCAGCCCCACCCUCAGGUGCACCGCCCGUGGAAUCCCCACCCCCACACACAUCCAAUGGCAGUGGAUGUCCAGAGAGGACUGCCCAAUCAUCUUCCAGUAAGUCUCACAUUCACUGUGUGUGUGUAUGUUCGUGCGCGUGUGUGUAACCUCACCCUGAUGCUCCUCAGAUGGUCAUUGUCAACAGGUUGUUGAUUCUGUGGAGGAAAUACAGCAUUCUAGAUGUUGAUGAAAGCAUUAACAGAGUCAAUGAGUGUGCCCUCUGACUUGCAUCAGAUAAGUGGAUGUGCUUCAUACUUCUCACAGUAAGUUGUGUGCAUAGACUGAGAAAAACAUGAAGACCAAGCUUAUCUUUGUGUGUUUGUAUGAUGUUGUAUGUGUUUUCCAUAUGAUCCCAGUAUUAUCUAUGGAUUAUGUUUAGCCUUGUAUUCAAGAGAACUUUGAUGAUUAAGUCUCUUAGGAAGAUUGUGAUUGGGUAAAGCUGGGGCUUUAGAAUGGGUUGUGAUUAGUGAAUGGGCCCCUCAGGUAUGCAGUAAUGUGAGGAUUGUUGAUAGAGUGGUUGGAGUGUAUGGUCCAGUCCACUGCACAUACCAUCAGUAAGGCCUUAUCUUCAGCCUGCACAUCCAAGCACUUCCUCAGUCCUGGUCAGGGUUUCCUGUUGUUCCCAUUGCAAUACUCUGUCUAAAGGCUUCUUCCUGUGAAACCCCAUCUCUACCUCCUCGUCUUCCCUCAAUCCUUCACUACCACCACUCCAUCACUCCAAUCAUCUCUAGCUCCCCGUUUUACAUUUACAUGUUCCCUCUCCACUCUACCACUCUACCACUCUCUCUCUCUCUAUCUCUCUCUCUCUCUCUCUCUCUCUCUUUGUCUCUCUCUCUCUCUCUCUUUGUCUCUCUCUCUCUCUCUCUCUCUCUCUCUCUCUUUGUCUCUCUCUCUCUCUCCCUCUAUUUCUAUGCUACUCUUUUCUCCUGCUCCUUUGCUUGCGUUCUGGUCGCUACUGUAGUGGUGUGUUUGUUGACGGUCCUACCCACUCCAGUCUGUAAAUAAAUGACAUAACCUCUCCUGAAAUAACCAUCUCCCAGCUGAGAACAGGGACCAAUAAACCCAUAGACCAGGGACCUACAUAUUAUAUUUAUAAAGAUCAUAGUUGUCUUUUUACAUUUGUGUGUGCAUGUUUAUUUGUGUUUGUGUAUGUACGGUGCUGUGCUUAUAUGGAUCUUCUGUGUCUGAUUAUAGCAGUGUGUCAGUUGAGUGAUCUUGGUUUUGUCCUGCAGGUCAGGAGUGGUGAACUCUGGGGUCAAGCUGGAGGGCUGUACCAAAUGGAGGGACAUCAGCAAUACCACAGGGCAGGAGAAUCCUAUCGAUCGAAUUAGCACUAACACAGAUCACUUACACAAGGUCAAGACCAUUCCUUCCUCUCUAAGUGAUCGCAGUCAUUUAUGAUAUCAAUUAAUCAGUAAAAUAACAGUAAAGCUCAUGUUUGUCUGCAGACUGUGAGUUCUCUAAAGAUCCAGAAAGCCAAGGUCCACGCCCUCUACAGAUGCUUGACUUCUAACAAAGCAGGACAAGAUUCACGAAACAUCCUUUUCCAUGUGACACGUAAGCUUCUUUUUAUGUUUCUUCUGUUCUUUUUGUUUGUGUUCAUUGGUGCAUCAUGCACAGGCCGUGCACAGACCUUUGGAGGGGCAGGUGCUCAAAGUGAACCCCCGCCCCCUAAUUAUCCAAUUGUCCUGUAGCCACAUUUCUGCAUACAUAUCUUUUAGCAUAGGCCUUUAUUUCCUUCAAAAUCACACUCAUCAAGCUAGCUAGCUAUGCUGUUGAAACAAUCUAAAUUAGCUAGUUUGAAGGGCAAUUCAUAGACUAAAAGUGAAAUAAAAAUGUAAUUAUAAAAAAACGCAUCCAAUCUGAAAGUGCACUUUUCUAAUAGGAGGGCAAAAGGGCAGGUGCUCAGGCACCCUUAGACCUCUAUCUGUGCACGUGCCUGAUCAUGCAUUAGAACACCUCAUGAUUGUGUGUGUGUGCGUGUGUGCAUGAUUGUUGGCUCUACAGGUGGUCUGGAGCUGAGUGUGUCUCCGUCCCAGCAGCCCAUUGAGCAGGACCAGGUGGUUCUGAGGUGUAAGGCAGACAGGCUGUUUUAUGGAAACCUAGCCUGGUUCCGUGUGGGGAAUGUGUCUGACCCAGAGCAGGUCCCAGCCGUGCAGCCCUGUCAGGCACUGUUCCUGUCCCAGGGGCCCCUAUCCCAGGCUGUCCUGUCUGGCCUGCAGGGCACCAACGUCACCCUGGAGCUGCCCCUGACCAACGUGUCUCGGGGGGACGAGGGGGUGUACGCCUGCCAGGUGGAGAACAUCAAGACUCGGGAGAGGACCUGUCUCCUCCGACACCUCACCCUCAGAGGUCUGUACCUGGACCAUAUUUAUCAGUCAACUCCUCCACAAUCACUUGGACCACUCUAACAGGCCCUUAACCAAGGUUCUCUCAUGGGCACCGCAUCUUUCCAGAUCUAGUCUAGUGUUUGGGAGAAUCUUUAGAGUCUUUUCUCCUUGUUUUUGUAGCUCUCGAGGCUGCGAGGAUCCUGAACAAUUUGACAGACCAGAGAGUGAACGUCAGUGCGACGACCAUGCUAAUAUGUGAGGUGACCGGGACACCCACCCCGACCGUGAUGUGGACCAAACACAACCAAACAGUGGUGGAGGGCUCAGGUAAGGGCAUGACCCAAUGGUUAAUAAUACCACUUCUACUUUGUGUUACGUAAAGUACGAUACUGGUAUUAAUGCCAUGGUCUCUUUUUGCCACAGGUGUGAUUCUGAGCCGAUUGAACCGUACCCUGACCAUCCAGCGUGUGAAGAAGGAGGACAGUGGUCUGUAUACUUGUACUGCCUGUAACAGCCGUGGCUGCGACGCAUCUCAGGCCUACCUAAUCACUGAAGGUCAGUGACCGCACUACGGGAAACUGAAUCACAGCACCACAGGACAGGAAACACCACUAAUCACCCUGCAGACAUGAUGCAGUAUUACAGAAUGCCUGUAUGUUCUGUUCUCUGGUGGUGUAACCAUAACCAAAAGAUGGCACAGCCAUAACCAAAGAGGGAUUCAUACCACAAUGAAUAUGUUAAGUUUUAACAUGAUGUCUUACCCAUAAACUCAGUCUUACCCAAAAUGUCCUAUAUAGCUAGGCCAUUCAUUCAUUUAUUGAUUUAUUUAUAGCUGGCCUCAAGGUUUCCCUGAUUCACUUCCCACUUAAGACAUUUUGUUAUAUCAAAGAUGAAGUGUAUAAAUAGCUAUUCCUCCGCGGGGCAGGAAGCGGGCCCGGUUAGAGCACAUCCUCCUGGGAGUUUCAGAAUACAAAACAAUCAGAAGCCCAGCGAGGACAAAGGGAGAGGCCAGCCCUGGCCCCCUGCUCCAGCUCCCCUCUCCCCCUGUUCUUUUAGAACACUGAGACACAGCAACAAACAAACAGACGUGCAGAGAGUGAGCAGCCUGGGCCUACGUGACCCGGGCCCCGCCACAGGCCAGUGGCCACUUGCCCGUCACCCAGUCAGAGCUCAGGGUCUCUCAGGCGCCAGACAGCGAGCCUCACUAACGAGUCAGGACAGAGGACAGAGGCUGCCUCAGCUCACUAACGAGAAGUUCAUCUUAUACGUGGGCGGAGGACGAGAGAGGGAUAUUGGGAGAACAAGAUAGAGAGAAAAUGGGAUAGAGAUGGAAAGAGAGAGAAGGUGUACGGAUGGCAAUGUUAACGAUGGGGUAGAUCAUUAGAGUUCUACAGCUUGUAGUCACAGAUUUCUGGUGUAAUGACAGUUUUUUCCUAGGUUGACUUUGGUCAGAGUGGUGCUGACCCCAGAACAUUUGUUAUGACUAGAUAGAAUAGCAGGUCUGCUCACAGCCUGAAUUCCAACAGUGGCCUUCCUCCAAUACAAACACGCACACAGACACACAGGUUUCCUGAAACCGUGUUCCUCCUAGCUUGGUACUAGGCAAAUACUCAAAAUUCCAAACUGACAGAGACAAUCUAUUUCAAAAGAAAAAACACAGAACUAUGAAAAUUGUAAAUGAAAUACAAUUUUGUCAAGUCAUUGACAUUAGAUCUGACUGACAUGCUGAAAGCUGUCUGUUAUGAAAUAGUUUUAGAAAAAUAUGUUCUGGCUGACAUACAGUGGGGAGAACAAGUAUUUGAUACACUGCCGAUUUUGCAGGUUUUCCUACUUACAAAGCAUGUAGAGGUCUGUAAUUUUUAUCAUAGGUACACAUUAACUGUGAGAGACGGAAUCUAAAACAAAAAUCCAGAAAAUCACAUUGUAUGAUUUUUAAGUAAUUAAUUUGCAUUUUAUUGCAUGACAUAAGUAUUUGAUUCAUCAGAAAAGCAGAACUUAAUAUUUGGUACAGAAACCUUUGUUUGCAAUUACAGAGAUCAUACGUUUCCUGUAGGUCUUGACCAGGUUUGCACACACUGCAGCAGGGAUUUUGGCCCACUCCUCCAUACCUUCUCCAGAUCCUUCAGGUUUUGGGGCUGUCGCUGGGCAAUACGGACUUUCAGCUCCCUCCAAAGAUUUUCUAUUGGGUUCAGGUCUGGAGACUGGCUAGGCCACUCCAGGACCUUGAGAUUCUUCCUACGGAGCCACUCCUUAGUUGCCCUGGCUGUGUGUUUCGGGUCGUUGUCAUGCUGGAAGACCCAGCCACGACCCAUCUUCAAUGCUCUUACUGAGGGAAGGAGGUUGUUGGCCAAGAUCUCGCGAUACAUGGCCCCAUCCAUCCUCCCCUCAAUACGGUGCAGUCGUCCUGUCCCCUUUGCAGAAAAGCAUCCCCAAAGAAUGAUGUUUCCACCUCCAUGCUUCACGGUUGGGAUGGUGUUCCUGGGGUUGUACUCAUCCUUCUUCUUCCUCCAAACACGGCGAGUGGAGUUUAGACCAAAAAGCUCUAUUUUUGUCUCAUCAGACCACAUGACCUUCUCCCAUUCCUCCUCUGGAUCAUCCAGAUGGUCAUUGGCAAACUUCAGAUGGGCCUGGACAUGCACUGGCUUGAGCAGGGGGAACUUGCGUGCGCUGCAGGAUUUUAAUCCAUGACGGCGUAGUGUGUUACUAAUGGUUUUCUUUGAGACUGUGGUCCCAGCUCUCUUCAGGUCAUUGACCAGGUCCUGCCGUGUAGUUCUGGGCUGAUCCCUCACCUUCCUCAUGAUCAUUGAUGCCCCACGAGGUGAGAUCUUGCAUGGAGCCCCAGACCGAGGGUGAUUGACCGUCAUCUUGAACUUCUUCCAUUUUCUAAUAAUUGCGCCAACAGUUGUUGCCUUCUCACCAAGCUGUAGCCCAUCCCAGCCUUGUGCAGGUCUACAAUUUUAUCCCUGAUGUCCUUACACAGCUCUCUGGUCUUGGCCAUUGUGGAGAGGUUGGAGUCUGUUUGAUUGAGUGUGUGGACAGGUGUCUUUUAUACAGGUAACGAGUUCAAACAGGUGCAGUUAAUACAGGUAAUGAGUGGAGAACAGGAGGGCUUCUUAACAGGUCUGUGAGAGCCGGAAUUCUUACUGGUUGGUAGGUGAUCAAAUACUUAUGUCAUGCAAUAAAAUACAAAUUAAUUACUCAAAAAUCAUACAAUGUGAUUUUCUGGAUUUUGUUUUAGAUUCCGUCUCUCACAGUUGAAGUGUACCUAUGAUAAAAAAUUACAGAUCUCUAUAUGCUUUGUAAGUAGGAAAACCUGCAAAAUCGGCAGUGUAUCAAAUACUUGUUCUCCCCACUGUACUUACAUAAUGAUUGAAUAAUGAAGAGAUAAAUACCCUUGUACAGUGUACUGUAGUUCAUAUACUGUCAUUGAUCUCACUCUGGUUAUUGUAUUGAUUAUAGGAACGGAGGAGAAGACUAAUGUGGAGCUGAUUGUUCCAAUUGGCUCUGUGGUCAUCGCCAUGUUCUUCUGGCUACUCAUCGUCUUCGUCAUCCGCAGCAAGAAAAGAGUAAGACUACCCUUCUCCUCUUCCCCAGAACCUUUCACUCGUUUUCACAAUCCUGCCACACACUACCCCACACACACUAUGCUACACACACAGUGGGCUGGGUCUGACAGAUGAGAAGUGACUGGUCUAGCUCUGUGUCCACACUCCUUUGUAUUAGGGAACAACAGAGCCUCAUUCUGCUGCCAGAAGUCACAUAGCCCUCCCUCCGUCACUGGCCUGGCCUGGCAUGGCCUCUCACUGAUGGGCCAGAGAAGAAACUGAAAGGGGACUGAGGAGACUAACACAUGACACAUGACAAAAAACUCCAAUAGUGAAACACAUGAGGGGGACUGCCAUGGGUGGAAGAGCACGGUUGGUCAUUAUUGUGAAUAUUCAUGUCUGUUUUCUCUCUCUCACUCCCUUCUCUCUCUCUCUAGCCAAAUAAUGGGGAUAUGAAGACAGGUUACCUGUCCAUCAUCCUGGACUCUGAGGACAUGCCCAUGGACGAGCACUGUGAGAGGCUCACAUACGAUGCCAACAAGUGGGAGUUCCCUUGUGACAGGCUGAAGCUAGGUGAGACUUUCAGAUCCUUAUAGGUCAAGGUUCUGUGAGAAAGAGAUGUUAUACACACAUUAAGUGAGACUUAAGUUUUAUAUCCACUGUCUGAAAUGAUACAUGGUGUGUUUAAAGGGGACCAAUUGGGGCAAGGAGCUUUUGGACAGGUAGUAGAGGCAGCUGCCUUUGGCAUAGAGAAGGCCAGUACCUGCACCACAGUGGCAGUCAAGAUGCUGAAAGGUGAGUGCAACUCCUUCUCAUCCCCUACACACAUGCAAGCAACACACACACACACACACACACACACACACACACUGAAUGAGCUGAUUGAGUGUUAUCUCUGUCCAACACAGAGGGAGCCACCUCCAGUGAGUACCGUGCGCUGAUGUCAGAGCUGAAGAUCCUCAUCCACAUCGGCCACCAUCUCAAUGUGGUCAACCUGCUGGGGGCCUGCACCAAACCAGGGAGUGAGUCAUUACAUUAUGAACACACACUAACACAUUUCAUAUUUCACAUAUUUAAUAUUUCACUUUCCCCAUGCCAAUAUCCUCCACCUUUCUUUUUUAUUUCUUUUUCUCUCUGGCCAAUUCUGGUUCUACCUUUCUUGGCCCCCCUUCCUCCUCCUCGUCCACUUGUGUUCUGCACAUUGUGUUCAUCAGGAAGUAUCUACUUUGUUAGCGGUGAGAGGCGGAGUUUAACAAGCAUGCUCUGUCUGUCCUAAUUGUAUAUCUCCUCAACCCCAGAGAGGAGGCCAUGUUCCGGCAAUUGGAGAAGAGGGCCUCUGUUUCCAUGUCCUCUCUCUCUUUCUCACUUCUUCGCUUUCCACACAAACAUUCUACAGUGCUACAAUAAAGUGAUGAUCUUCCUCUGAUGUUUAACAUUUUCUCCCUCCAUCUCCCUUCGUCCCUCCCUCUCCCCUCAGGUCCAUUGAUGGUGAUUGUGGAGUACUGUAAAAACGGCAACCUUUCCAGCUACUUAAAAAGCAAGCGUGGAGAGUACAGCCCCUUCAAGGUAAAUGUGCCGUGCCCCAGCUACAAUAGCCUGUAAAGCCCCGCCAGCCUCUGAUAUGGUUACACUGGUCCCAGACCAUUACACAACUGUUCUCCACGACACUCUCACAUUGUCUGCCUGAUCCGCUGAACUGCCAGCUUCCAUUUUAUGUUGUAUUGUUAGGGCCAGGAGUUUUCCAGCCCAGUUUUUCAAUUGGAUUUUUGGUCCUUGAUCCUUUGAUAUGCAAUUUCUCCAUGGUAACAGAGGAGGAGGCCGCGGUCUAAUCAGUUGGAGCGGAUGGGGGAGGACGUGACUGAGGGGGACCUGGGUUUGGGGACCAGCACCCACCUGGAUAUCUGCACUGGGACAGCAGUCUGCUCCAGACUGGGAGAGGAGAGCGCUGUCAGCCACAUAGAGGAGGAGGAUGGUACUGCAGCUCUAAACCUCCAUACUCACCACAUGCAAAUACUGUACAUAUCACCCAUAUCCACCACUGCGCUGAUCACAAUGUAUACUGUAUGAUGUGAUGAUGUAAACUCACCACUGUAUUUGUUAUGAUAUGUAUGCUUUUACUAAAUGAUCAAUUUAACCCCAUGCAGAGUAUUGUGAGUGGGAGGAGCACCUGACCGUGGAGGACCUGAUCAGCUACAGUUUCCAGGUGGCCAAGGGCAUGGAGUUCCUAUCCUCUCGCAAGUGCAUCCAUCGGGACCUGGCAGCUAGGAACAUCCUGCUCUCAGAGAACAACAUUGUAAAGAUCUGUGACUUUGGUCUGGCCAGAGACGUCUACAAAGAUCCCGACUACGUCCGCAAGGGAGAUGUAAGUUACUAAGAACACAUUAUAAACCAUGCAUUAUAAACCUCAGACACUAAAAGUGGUUAUGACGUCUUAUAAACUGUGCUAUAAAUUGUGAUUCUCUCUACAGGCGCGGCUCCCUCUGAAAUGGAUGGCUCCUGAGACCAUCUUUGACCGGGUCUAUACCACACAGAGUGACGUGUGGUCCUUUGGGGUCCUACUCUGGGAGAUCUUCUCUCUAGGUGAGCCAGGUUACCAACAGUACCGCUGUUGUGUCCUGUGCACGUGACAAACUUUGAUUUGAUUAACCCUAACUGUAACUGAUAAUGUAACGGUUGUUCUCUCUACCACAGGGGCAUCGCCCUACCCUGGUGUUGGUAUUGAUGAGGCCUUCUGCAGGAGGCUGAAGGAAGGGACCAGAAUGAGAGAGCCAGACUACGCCACCACUGAGAUGUGA